CUUUCGUAGCCACCCUCAUCUUAGCCUUCUUCAUAGUCGUUUUUCUUUUCUGGGGUCACCACUUUUCCCUUCAUCCCUAUUUUUAUUAUCUUUCUUCUUUAAAUUAUCUUCUUUCCGUUUCAACACAAUCAUACAAUGUCCGUCUAUCAAACUCGACGGACGUUUGCAAGGAAAGAUCUUUUACCAACAGUUGUACCAAAUGAAAAACCAAAAGUGGAACCUUUAUUCUUUGGAUUGACUCGAAAACAGUUAUCACUCAUCAUAUUGGUGGUUCAGAAUAGUACACUUGUUUUGAUGAUGCGGUAUUCUCGGAUUGUACAAAAGGUGGGACAACCAAUGUAUAUUGCUUCGACAGCUGUGUUUCUUGCCGAAAUAUUAAAGAUCGUGGCCUGUCUUGUGGUGAUGCGACAUCAACAACCUUCAUGGCAACAUUUUGUGGAUUUUGUACGUACAGAGAUCUUGGGUCGACCUGGUGAAACACUCAAGAUGCUAAUCCCUUCUGGACUUUAUGCUUUACAAAACAAUCUAUUAUAUGUGGCUCUCAGUAACUUGGAAGCAGCAACAUUUCAAGUGACCUAUCAAAUGAAGAUUUUAUCAACAGCUAUUUUUUCAGUGGUCCUAUUGGGUCGAUCUCUACAGCGGGACAAAUGGAUUGCUUUGGUGUUAUUGAUGAUUGGUGUUACAUUAGUUCAAUCUCAAAGUAUGGCCUCUUCUCCUACUUCUUCUUCUUCUUCUUCUUCAACGCCAGUAUCAGGAACAAUGGAUGAAACUGAAAAUUUAUUAGCAGAUGCAUUGAUCGAAGAUGAUCUUGUUGGUACAUCUAUAUCUGCACAAUCUCCUUUUAUUGGUUUGAUGGCAGUGAUCACAAGUUGUAUCUCCUCUGGUUUUGCUGGUUGUUAUUUUGAAAAGAUUCUCAAGACCUCAGAUACUUCCAUGUGGGUACGAAAUAUUCAACUUGGUAUCUCUGGUGCUUUCUUCUCAUUAGUUGGGAUGUUGAUGUAUGAUAUGCAGCCUAUUCGUGAAGGUGGGAUGUUACAAGGUUAUGAUGGUCUCACUUGGGUGGUAGUCGCAAAUCAAGCGUUGGGUGGAUUAUUGGUGGCUAUUGUGGUCAAAUAUGCUGAUAAUAUUUUGAAAGGGUUUGCAACAAGUUUAUCUAUCAUUGUAUCUGGUGUUAUCAGUUUUUACUUGUUUAACUUUCAACCAACACUGACUUUUGUUGUUGGUGCUUUUAUUGUCAUGGUGUCUUCCUAUCUUUAUGGUGUUGAUUUUGUCAAAAAAUUUGUCCCAGUCAAACCUCAUUGAUGGAUUAUUAUUAUUAUUAUUAUUAUUUGGAACUUUCUCUCUUUCCCCUAGUUUAUUUUUACAUUUUACAACUAUUAUAUGUAUAUAUUAUAUAUACAAACAACUAUACACAUACGCAUACAAACUUAGUAUCUCUUUUCUUUUUUUUGCAUUACUUUUCUUAUUAUGUUCACAUAAUUUUAUAUUAGACUUUUUUUUUUCUUGUUUGCCUCCUCUUCUUACUUAUAUCUUCAUAUUAUUGAUACUCUUCCUUUUAUAUAUAUAUAUAUAU